CAAGGAGUUGUUCUAGAAGGGAGAAAAAGAAAGAAGGACGCCAGUCUCUUUCAGCGGCUUUGCUAAGAACUCCUGUUGCUGGUUUCGCGGUUUUCCCAAGCUACGGUGUUAUUGGCUAACCAUGAAGUUCCUAUUUAGCGCAAGGCGCUUCAGCCGCUCACCCCUGGCUCUGCUGGUAAUUUGCUUGCUAUGCGUGGCUGGAAUCGCCAUCAUGUCCAGAAAUACGCCUGUGGCGCCACCUUUCUCGCACUACCCAAGUUUUCUGUGCGCCGGCAACAGCACGCAGGUCGUCUUGGCAAUCCGGACGCUUCCCCGACACGACGCCAUACGUCACGUGAUUCGGAACAGCAUAGCACACGGCGCCGUUCGUUCAGCGUUGCCUUCAUGGGCGUUUCUCUUCUACAUGGGCUUCGUCAAAAACUCGACGAGGAUGGAUGCCGUGCGUGGAGAGAUACAAACCCAUGGCGACCUGCUCGUGUCCCCCGUCGAAUCCGCGGUCAACAACUCGGUGGAGAUCGUUCUGGACAUGAUGCGCUGGGUUGAGGACCGCUGCGGGAAAGGACGCCCGCUGCGCCUCUUCGUCCACGUGAACGACACCGUGUUCGUCGACCCCAUAGCCCUCGAGGGAUACUUGCAUCAAAUGAACAGUACGGCGCCACGCCCCUCGUUUUACUGCAAACCGGUCAAAGGUGUCAACGUGGGACGUGACCCGAACGGCGUCAACUUCGUGCCUCGAGACCUAUUCCGCGGUCCCGUUUUCCCACCUUACUGUGAGGGGGAAACCUUCUUCAUCAACGGAUCGCAACUUGGCCCGCUGUACGCGGCGUCUCUGUACGCCCUGCACUACACACUCCUGCCGCAGUACGUGACGGGACACAUGGCCGUCAUCGCUGACAUGGGUCACGUGAGCAUCGCCGAGCGUAUCGCCAGCGCCGAGAGUGGCGGGAAGUAUACGGGAACAAAAGUACGCAAGGCGAACCUCUUCAUUACGAACAUGUGGUUGAGCAUGUGGAAAGACACCUGGCUCUACUCGCUUUAUAACCAGACACGCCAGACGCACUUGGAGAAGAAAUUGACAGAAAUAAUUGUUGAAAAGCUGCAUGCUGCCUCAAACUGACACUACGUGGUGUUCUUGUCCUCGGUGUAAGAAUAAACAUAGUGAAAACCUUU